UCGAUAAGACAGACGAGUCAGUCGGAAAACAAAGCUCAAUCGCGAUGGAAGGCCUGCUGCAUUCCGUUUGCCUAAUCUUUAUCACCUUGGCCGCCACCAUCAGCUCAUCGUCUGCCAUCCAGGGCGGAGUCUUCAAGGAGCUAACGACGUCCCUGGGUCAGCAGAUCAUGCGGCUGGCCAAGUCCGCUGAGAUGCGCUCCUUCAUGGACAGCAAUGUGAGUCCCUGCGAGGAUUUCUACGGCUAUGCCUGCGGCAACUAUGCGGCGAUAAACGCAGCCACCUUGGAGAAGGACACCGACAUUGGUCGGCUCAUGUUCGCCAGUUACCUUCGGCGGGUGAGGCAGUUGCUCAAACAGCCCCGCAUGAGCACGGAUCGGCCCAUGGAGGUGCGCGUCAAGUACUUCUACGAGUCCUGCCUGGACACGGCGGCCCUAAGGGCUAACCAGCGCACUCAUCUAUUGAGUGUCUUGAGGGAAUUCGGCGGCAUGCCCGCGGUGGAGGGCAAGUCCUGGAACGAUGUCGGUUUCGAUGCCCUCGAGACGAUGGCCCAGCUGCUGCGCCGCUACGGAAAGACCACACUACUGGGUGUCACCGUGUCUCCGGACUUCACCAACUCGCAGAUCAAGCGUCUGUACUUGGGCCAGAGGGACGACCUGAUGGAGCGCGACGGGUCCGCGAGUCUGGCCAAAAAGCAGGAGCUCAAGCAGCGUUUGCAGAACCUCCUCGGCUUGUCGCAGGAGCUGGCUGGCAAGACUGCCGAAGAGAUCAUCGAACUGGAGGCGGAGCUAGCGCACACUGUUCUCGACCGUCGAAUGGAUCGCGAUCCGAGACUCAGGAACCGCCUGACCAUGCUGUCCAACAUGAGCGAUGUCUACGGACCCGUUCUCAAUCUGACUAGCUUUGUGACCUCCUGGUUGGGCCACGAUUACAUUGUACCCGUUUACGAGCAUGUGCCCAGCUAUCUGUUCCAGGUGAAGAAGCUCCUGUUGGGCACUCCCAACCAUGUGCUGGCCAACUACAUGCUGUCCACCCUGCUCACCGACUUUGAGAUCCGGCCGAGUGACGGCCAGCAGGAGGAGAUCUGUGCCCAGCGGAUGGCUCAGCUCUUUCCCGAUGUCUUGGAUCACAUGGUGUACCUCUCACUGGAGCAGCAGAGCCCGCACAUAGCCAACGAGUUGAGGAACCUGUGGCUGGAACUGAAGACCUCGUUCCGUGAGAUACUCAGCUCUCCAGAUCUCGAAUGGCUGGACGAAACGACGCGAGCGGAAUUGCUGGAAAAGCUCAGGCUCAUGUCCUUCGAGAUAGCUGGCGGUCAGGCCGUGGACUUCGAGGAGCGGUACGGUGCGCUGGUGGUCAGCUCCGCCGAUUACUAUGGCAACGUGCAGCGCCUGCUGGAAGUGCAGGCGAGCAAUCUCCGCACCGAUUUGAUGAAGGAAUCCCAGAGGCUAAGCUACUAUGACGGCGUCAUCGAGUCUCCAUUCUAUGCGACGGAAAUCAAUCUGGUAGUGCUGCCGGCUAGCUACAUGCAGCAUCGCUACUUCUGGGACGACGUCUAUCCGUCUGCUCUCAAGUACGGCACCCUGGGUUUGUUCCUAAGCCACGAGAUGGCCCAUGGAUUCGAUGAUCUGAACCGGCUCUUCGACAGCAAGGGCAACUUGAACGAGUACUGGAGCAGCCAGGCCAAGAUGGGCUUCGAGUCCGUGAAGAGUUGCCUGUCGGAUCAGUUCGCUAAGAUGCGGUACGACAGCAAGAUGUUGCCCAGGCUGGAGUCGCAGGGCGAGAGUAUAGCAGAUAAUGUGGGCAUUCGCAUUGCACAGGCGGCGCACAGGAAGUGGCUGGAGCAGCUGAGGACCCAGGAUAUGGAAACGCUGCCCCAUAUGUCGCAGUCUCCGGAGCAGCUCUUCUACCUCAGCGUGGCCCAGUCUAUGUGCUCGGAUAUUUGGCUCGAAAGGCGGUCAGCCUUCCUGCGGAACAGUGUCCAUCCGCCGAACGAGUCCCGGGUCCUUGCCAUGCUGGCCAAUUCGGCAGCCUUCGCCGAAGCCUUUCAGUGCAGUAACAAGACCAAAAUGAAUCCCCCAACCAGAUGCUUGAUGUAUUGAUAUACCCGUCGUCUAGCUGAUUCCGCGAUAUGUGUGUGUGCGUAUAUAUUAUAUUAAACAGUUCCGCUUCCGAUUA